UUGUUUUUUUGGCAAAAUUGCAACUUGCUGAAAGCACACAAAUUUUCCCAAACAGUAAUUGCACAGAAUCAUUCAGGGACACCCAAAUUCCUCCUCAAAAUUCCCAAUUUUGUCUGCACUUUCAUCUUCUCAGAUAGUAUUGUUUUACAUUCUGGAUCUAAUUCUAUCGAUUUGGGUUUUUUUUCCUCGAUAAAUCCCUAUCAUUUAGAUGGAAUAAUUAGGGAAAGAUAUUCCAAUUCUAUUCAAUACUACCAAUUACAUUUGGUAACGGUUUUGGCGAAGGAAAUGCGAUUUUAGGGUUUUUGAGGGAUUGUGUUCAAUUGUAUUUCUACAAUUUUAGCUUAUGACUUUAAUUUGUUUGAUUUUUUCUGGGGAAAUUUCAUUCUAUGGAACUCUUAAUUGAUUCUACAGCAGCCUUAAGUUGUUUUAGAGCUGUUAAUAAUCGUAAUAGCCUAAAAUCAUUUGGAUUUAGUAAUAAUAUUGGGGUUUCAAUUUCCCCAAGAAAAGUUCUGUGUAAAACCACCCUUUUUGCAAUUUCUAAUGGUAGUAAUGAUAGAUGUAUCAAGUGUUUGAGUUAUAGAAAUAAUGAUGAGAAUUUGACUGGUAAAGAUAAAUCAAUUGUGGAAGGUAGGGGAAGAGAGAAUUUUGAUUUUGUGAAAGUAUUGCUGAAGAAUGGGGUGUUUUUGGCUACUAUUAUUUGUGGGGUUUUCAUCGUUUUCGAGUGUAGAAGAGUAAUGGCAGCUGAAGGGGUGGUUAAUGCUGGGUAUGGAGUUAUUGGGCAAAGUAUAUUGUUGUUGAGGAAUGCUUGGCCUAAGACAUUGCAGGUUCUUAUGGUUUUGAAAGAACAAGGUUUGAUACUUGCUGCACUUUUGGGUCUUUCGGCUUUUUUCUCUAUGGCGGAGACCUCUAUCACCACACUUUGGCCUUGGAAGGUGCGUGAAUUAGCUGAAAAGGAACCUGAUAAUGGUGUCUUCAGAAUACUUCGGAGUGAUGUUACUCGAUUUCUCACAACUAUUCUUAUUGGAACAACAGUUGUCAAUAUUGCGGCAACCGCAUUAGUUACUGAGGCUGCAACAGCAAUAUUUGGUGAAGCUGGGAUCAGUGCAGCAACUGGAGUGAUGACUGUAGCCAUUUUGCUUCUUACUGAGAUUACUCCGAAGAGCAUAGCUGUACAUAAUGCCACCGAGGUUGCUAGAUUUGUGGUCAGACCAGUGGCUUGGCUUUCCUUGGUGUUAUAUCCUGUGGGAAGAGUCGUCACUUUCUUGUCGAUGGGAAUACUAAAAAUGCUUGGAUUAAAAGGAAGAAGUGAACCCUAUGUAACUGAGGAUGAGCUGAAGUUGAUGUUGCGAGGAGCAGAAUUGAGUGGAGCAAUAGAAGAGGAAGAACAGGACAUGAUUGAAAAUGUGCUUGAGAUCAAAGACACACAUGUUAGAGAGGUUAUGACACCUCUUGUUGAUGUUGUAGCCAUUGAUGCAAGUGCAUCAUUGAUCGACUUCCAUACUUUGUGGUUAACGCAUCAAUAUUCGAGGGUGCCUGUGUUUGAGCAGCGUGUUGAUAACAUAGUUGGUAUUGCAUAUGCAAUGGAUAUGCUGGAUUAUGUUCAGAAGGGGGAGCUAUUGGAAAAUUCUACUGUUGGAGACAUGGCACACAAGCCAGCUUACUUUGUUCCAGAUUCAAUGUCAGUUUGGAAUCUUCUUCGAGAAUUUCGAAUACGAAAAGUUCACAUGGCCAUUGUCCUUAACGAAUAUGGAGGAACUGUCGGGUUAGUGACUUUGGAAGAUGUUGUUGAAGAAAUUGUUGGUGAAAUCUUUGACGAGAAUGAUUCGAAGGAAGAAAUUCAGAAGAAAACGGGCUACAUUGUGAUGCGAGCUGACGGGAUCUAUGAUGUGGAUGCUAAUACAACAAUUGAUCAGCUUUCUGAAGAGUUAACUAUUAAGAUGCCUGAGGGUCAUCAAUAUGAGACAGUUUCUGGUUUUGUUUGCGAGGCAUUUGGAUAUAUUCCAAGAACAGGUGAGAGCAUUAAGGUUGUUCUUGAGAAGGAUAGUCAAGAAGAGGACAAUGAAUACAAAGAGACGGAUUCUGAACGGCGAGAAACCAAGAAGUCUCAAAUUUUCAAGCUUGAGAUACUAGCUGGGAAUGCAAGAAAAGUCAGCGCUGUUCGAUUUGAAAGGUUGGAACACGACGACACACGACCAGAGGCAAACGAAGUUGCUUUUUUCCCCAAAGUUAUGAAGAGGAGUCGUCCUCGAGACAAUGAUUUCGACAGGCCUUACAAUGAUGAGGAUCACUUACAACCGGCAGGAGAAGAAAAUGGCUCGGCCCGGUUUCAUGAUGAUGAGAAUAUAUUUGUAACGGAAAAGGAGGGCAGCGAUAAUACUGGAAUAGUUGAAGAUCAUGUUGAUAGUCGUGAUUAGUGGCGACCACUGGCUGGACCAUGUUUAGCCUACCUGCAAAUCUGUGGGUUUUAGGCUAAACCAACCAGCCUGAAAGUAGGGCUUGCCUGAACCGUCAACGGAUCGGUUCAGGGUUUUAAAUUGGGCUUAGUCCAAUCAUGUGCCAGCUUUUUAAGGUUAUGGGAGAUGAUACCGGAUUCGAACUGUGACAGGGAACUGCUCGUUGGCCACCUAAAUCAGGAUGGUUAUAGGCAUAGUUAAUCACAUGAUCCAUAUUCUUUUUGUGUUGUGAAUUUUGUAACUUUUACCUACAAUUAUUUGUUUGGGUUUUGAUAUUUGAUACUUUGGGCAUUCUAUAGAAAUUUAUUUAGCCCAAAUAAUCAAUUGCUUGUGUCAUGUAACAUGUUACUGCUAUUAACUGGUUAAUAAUAUAAAGCGAGUUCCCUUCUCUUGCUAAA